UGGAAUAUCAGCAUUUCUCUCAAACGGUAACUCACACACCCAAUAAACAGUGAUUGUCUCUCUCUUUCUAUCCCUAUUCGCGCGUACAAAGUGGAGCGUCUCAGUCGAGCGAGCUCUUUCGUCGUUGUGACAGUGUUUUGUUUUGUCGCUACCGCAUAACUUUCUAAGAUAUGUAAACAAAUACGUAUUUUUCAUACAAAACGGGCACACAGUAUUAUUUUGAUAGCUUCUAGAGAUCGUUUAGAUGUUUUUUUAAUGGCGGGUGUCAAUAAAAUAAAGCGAAAAGAAUGGAGUUCAGAGCAUAUGACGGAAGCUAUAAAAUUAGUAAGAGAGAAAAAAAUGGGUUAUUUGAGAGCUGCAAAACACUUUGAUGUGCCUAGAUCUACCUUGUUUCGAUUAUGCCAGAAAAACGAAUUACCCCCAGAAGAAGCUGCCACUACUGCACUUGGAAGGAAAACUGUCUUAGGGACAACCCUUGAAAAUCUUUUGGUAGACUACAUUUUGACGAUGGACAGCAAAUUUCAUGGCUUGACGAGAAAUGAUGUUCGAAGAAUGGCGUACAUGUUAGCAAGACGUAAUCAGCUGGAAAAUUCAUUUGGUAAAACUGGAAUGGCUGGAAAAAAAUGGCUUAAACUAUUUUUAAAACGCCAUAAGAAAAAGCUAUCAGUGAGAAGACCAACUGGCACGUCUUUUGCAAGAGCAUUUGGAUUCAGCAAAGAAAAAAUGGACUCAUUCUUUGAUCUCCUCGAAGGCGUCUAUGUUCAAGGAAACUAUCGUCCAAAUCGCAUAUAUAAUGUUGAUGAAUCUGCCAUUGCCAAUUUAAGAACACCUGAUGGAUGUGUGCCUUUAACUGAAGCUUUCACAUCUAGACAAGAUACAAAUACUGAACCUGUACCCUCAACUUCCGGACUUUCUGGUAGUAGUUUAGGAUUAGUGUCUCCAUAUGAAAUCAAUCCAGUACCAAACAAGAAAAGGAAACCUUCUAAUCGAGGAAGAAAAGCAUCUGUUGCAUCAGUCAUCACGUCUUCACCUUACAAGAAUGAUCUGAUAGACAAAAACAAAAAAAAAAGAAGAAAAAGAAAACAAAUUGGCAAAGAAUAAGAAUAAAAAACAGAAUGAAAAGAAAUUAAAAGGAAAAAAGGUAAAAGAGAAGAUUAAGCCUAAGUCAGAUUCAGGUGAUGAGGAGAUGGUGUUGCCUGAUACAGACAGUGGGCCUGAUGCCUUGAUAGGAUAUACCGCUCCAGACUCUGAAGAUUCGGAGUGUAUUUUCUGUGGUACGCUGUUUUCGAAUGAUACUCAUGGGGAAACAUGGAUCAAGUGCCUCAUGUGUGGGCUCUGGGCACAUACUGAUUGCGCGGGGCCAGAGUCUGAUACCUGGAUUUGUGAUUUUUGCAAAUAAUUUAUGUUCUUUUCUAUGUUGUACCAAAGUUUUCAAAGAGUUUCAUAUAAGUUAAGGUU